AUGUUAUUAUUCGGAAAUAAGUUUUAUAUUAUUUUUAUAUCAUUAUGGAUAUUUGGACUUUAUUGUAUAUUAACAACAUUUCAUUCAACAUCAAAUAAUGAUAAAAUAUUUGAAGAUCGUAUUGAACAAUUACAAAAUGAAAUUGAAACACUUCGACAAAAACUUGUUCAAGUACAAUCUGAAAAUGAUAAUACUCAAUGUCAAGAAUUACAAAAUGAAUUAAAACGUGUUAAACGUCAAUUACUUUCGAAAAAUAGUGGUACUACAUCUCGUGAUGAACCUAGUUUGGAAUAUGAACAAUUACGAAGAAAAAUUGAAAGUCAAACACGUGAAUUAACUUAUUUUACAACUAAUCAAUUCAAUAAAAUAUCUGAAAAAUUAUCUGAUGAUGAUAAAACAAAAUGGGAAAAUGUUAUUUUACGAUUUGCUGAUCAAAGUAGAGUUCUUCUAGCUUCAAUUCGAAAUUUAACUGAAGUUGAUGGUUAUAAUUUAUGGCGUGAACGUGAACAUGAAAGUCUUUCAAAAUUAAUACAAACACGUUUAAAUGUAUUACAAAAUCCAUCAAAAUCAUGUACAGAUGUUAAACGUAUUACAUGUAAUAUAAAUAAAGGUUGUGGUUAUGGUUGUGAAAUUCAUCAUGCUAUGCAUUGUUUUCAUAUUGCUUAUGCACUUGGUCGACCUAUGAUUCUUUUCUCUGAUGGAUGGCGAUAUAAUCCUGGUGGAUUUGAUCAAGUAUUUAAACCAUUAAGUCACAAUUGUACUAGAUCAUCUGCUACUAGUGCAUCAUCUUGGAGUAAUUAUGAAACAGCUGAUGUAGUUGAAAUUCCAUUAAUUGAUAAUAUUUAUCCAAGAAAAGAUUUUAUGCCAAUGGCUAUUCCUGAAGAUAUAUCUGAAAGACUUAUUCGUUUACAUGGAAAUCCAUUUGUUUGGUUUACUGGACAAUUAAUGAAAUAUUUAUUAAGACCACAAGAAUGGUUAAUUGAAUUUAUAGAAAAAAAAUAUAACAGUAUUAAAUUUCAAACACCAAUUGUGGGAAUACAUGUACGACGAACAGAUAAAGUUGGAAGUGAAGCAGCAUUUCAUGAUAUAACAGAAUAUAUGAAAUAUGUUGAAGAUUAUUAUAUUAUUUAUCAAUAUCAAAAUCCAAAUUUAAAAUUUACAAAACGUGUUUUUCUAGCAACUGAUGAACCAAGUGUUUUUAAUGAUGCUCGAUCAAAAUAUCCGGAAUAUAUAUUUUAUGGUGAUACAGCUGUAGCACAAUCAGCACAAUUGAAUACAAGAUAUGGAACAGAAUCAUUGAAAGGUGUCUUAUUAGAUGUUCAUUUUCUUUCGUUAUGUGAUUAUUUGGUUUGCACAUUUUCUUCACAGAUUUGUCGUGUUGCAUAUGAAAUAAUGCAACAACGUGUAAUUGAUGGUGCAUGGCGUGUUCAACCACUUGAUGAUGUUUAUUAUUUUGGUGGUCAAAAUGCUCAUAAUCAACGAGCUGUUAUAUCUCAUAAAGCAAUUUGGCCAAAUGAAUUUAGUUUUGAACGUGGUGAUAUUAUUGGUACAGAAGGAAAUCAUUGGGAUGGGUUUUCAAAAGGAUCAGAUAAAACAAAUAGUCAAUCAGGUCUUUAUCCAACAUAUAAAACAGAAGAAAUAGUUAAUGUUGCAAAAAUGUAUACCUAUCCUGAAGUACGAGUUAAUAAUUAA